GAGAAAGACAGAUAAAAGGGGCUCUUCAAUCACCACAUAAAUGCUCGCUGAACGAGCUGAGCAACUCGAUGGAGAGCGAGAAUCUUCCGGACAGUCAUCUAUUUGGCGAGACGUGUACAGCCUUAUGCGCUGUGCUGGGUCGCCAUGUCACUUGGGACCUCACUGCUGGCGGGACCCUGUUGGCAAAAAGUAUUACAAAUUCAAGACGCAUCAUUUGAAAAACCUUAUUAGGUACGUGGAACAAGGACAUGAGUUACAGAAACAUGAAGAUGUACCCGAAGGUAUUCGCGAGCAAUUGUACGCCGAGGAGCAGCAGUGGCUCGAAAGGCGCCAGAGAACCAGCAAUAUGUCCACAGCAAGCUUUCCUCCCAUUAAUAUCACGAAUGUGCUACUCCAAAAUGCGUACCAAAUGCCUCUUGAGACCUCACCUGCAAGAACUCUGCCUUCGAACUUACCUCCGACCUUGGUUCCGGUUACUCGCCUCGAUAUCCCUGGCCCUCGAGAUGUAGCGGUAAAGAACUAUAGUCAUUGGCAGCAAUCGAAAGUCAAUGACGACAUUCUCAAAGCAGAGUUUCGAAAGGCUUGUGAUAUCACAUUAGCAGAUGGUCUUGACCUAGAACAAGUGUACGAGGACCGAGAUCCUACUUUUUUCAUUGACAAAGGUGUCAAAGGAGGAAUUGCCCGGCGGUUCGUUGAUGACAUUGACCAAUGGGCGAAGAGGCACAGACGUGCGGAGACCGAGAAAUGAUUGGAAUACAAGGGAGUUAUAGGCGCCA